AUUGGCUAAUGUUUUUGGAAACGUCAAGAUUGACGCCUCAGAUAACUGUUCUCUGUAGUUUAAUGAGAGGGUGUCAGAAGAAGUCAGGGGAGAUUUUUUUUCACUAAAAUAAACCAUGGCCAGUGGUCGACAGGCUAACCGGGAGCUGACUGAGGUGCUGAAUAAACUCUGGCAACUGGACACAAACCGUCUGAAGCCGGGAACUGACUACAAAAUCUCCCUUCAGGGCAAAGCGGGUCAUGUGGCUCAGGGCAGUAACAACGCCAGGGAUCGGGCCUGCGCUCCUCUCUUUGCUUACGUCGAUGAGGGAAAACUGAAAAAUAUUGCGACAUUUGCUCGUUUUAUCAACUUGCUGGACAACUAUGAGAUGUCUACAGGCGUGUCAGAGACGGUCACUUCAGAGGAGCUUCAAGAGAAUCGGCUCUUUAUUGACGCCAUCAUGGAGACUGAGCUCAUGAAGUAUGCUCACAACUAUCUGGUAAAGAAAGGCCAAUCGCCUGCGGACCGCGGACAGUUCAAGAAACAGCUGUACGACAUCUGGUUUCGCCUCUACCACAGAGGCAAGAGUGCAGGAGAGGAUUCUUGUGGCUUCGAACACGUGUUUGUUGGAGAGACCAAAUAUGGCAAUGAGAUCAUGGGUCUGCACAACUGGGUGCAGUUCUACCUGCAGGAGAAGCACGGCCAUGUGGACUACAAAGGCUACAAAGCAAGAGACAACAAAGACACCCCUGAUGAGGAUGACCAUGUCCUGAGCUUGCAGUUCAGCUGGAAGGUGAAGCCGGUCGGCAGCUCCUUCAUCGGCGUCAGCCCAGAGUUUGAGGUCGCUCUGUUCACCAUCAUCUUCCUCAUGUCGACUGAGAAGAUGAUGUCAGUGGUGGUGAAGGUGGACGAGUACGUGCUGGAGCUGGUGGUCUAUCGGCACGGCCGCGCCAUCGGCACGUCCUAUCCCAAACUGCUCAGCAGCAACAACAGGGAUUUGUAAUGUGAUGGCCAUGCUGGAAAAAAAUUCUGCUUUAUUACACUCUAACCGUAAAACAAACAUGGAGCAGGUUGUUUUAUGUUAACUAAAACCCACGCCUUAAAUAUCUCUUAACCAGAUGUUGACUGAAAAUGAAAGAUUAAAUGUAGUAAUCAGAUUUGUGUCACAUGCUGCCACAAAUACAACAUGUUAUGUAUUUGCUAUUUCUCUUAUUUGUACUCAACUUUUAAGAAUCUUUAAGCCAGAAAGGUUUGAAAAAUUCUAAUGUUUGCAAAGAGAUUAUGACUUUCAUCUGCAGUUUCCUAGCGGUUCAUUUCCUCUACAUUAUUUUAGAAAAUAAUGUAAUCUGAUUGUUUACUAGUAAAAGCUGACUGUAUUUUUAUUGAAUAAACCUUUUUUUGUUUGUUUUGGUA